CACAAGCUUCUAUCAGUCUUUCACAUCAACCCACCAUGGCUGCACGCUUAGCAGUAGCUGCCGUCCUCCUGUAUUUGGUGACCUUCUCCGAAGGGGCCAAAAUUCUUGGCGUACUCCCUAUGGGAGCAAAAUCUCACUUCAACAUUGGGUCCGGUUUCAUGAAAACCUUGGCCGAAGCAGGACACGAUGUCACCGUCAUCAGUCCGUUUCCACUGAAGAACGCCCCGAAGAACUACCGCACCAUCGAACUCACCGGGCUGCUGGAAGAUGGAAGAUUCAACCAGAAUAUGUUCGAGCUCAAAAGUGAUGGUGGCAUCGUGGCUCCGUUGAUUAUGCUGAUUAUGAUGUAUGAGUCGUUUGCACCGAUGAUUUGUAAGUUCAUUCUGGGACACGAGAAUGUAGUGAAGUUGCUCAACUCGGACGAGAAGUUUGAUUUGGUCUUCGCGGAGACCUUCAUCAGCGAAUCACUGUACGGAUUUGCACAACACUUCGAUGCUCCGUUGAUUGCGUAUUCAACGUUCGGAAGCUCCAUGUGGACCAACGACCUGGUGGGUACUCCAGCACCCCCAUCACACGUAGCUAACUACUUGCUGAGUUACACGGACAAGAUGACGUUCUGGCAGAGGUUCCACAAUACGGCCAUGUAUUUGUUCGAUCGGUUGUACUAUGAAUGGCGCUAUUUGCCAAGUCAGAAGCGGAUGUACGAUGAAGGGUUCCCUAAUGCCAAGAUGACGUUCGAGCAACAGAUGAAGAACGUGUCGUUGGUAUUCCUGAAUCAACACUUCAGCUUGAGUAGUCCGAGGCCAUAUCCACCAAAUAUGAUUGAAGCCGGAGGAAUCCAAAUCGAGGAUGCUAAGCCUUUGCCCGCGGAUCUCCAAAAAUACUUGGACGAAGCCAAAGAUGGUGUCAUCUACUUCUGUAUGGGAUCGAACAUCAAAUCCAUUCACUUCCCGGAAGAGAAACGAAACGCUUUCCUAAGGGUGUUCUCCAAACUCAAGCAACGAGUACUGUGGAAAUUUGAAGAUGAAACCAUGCCGAAUCAACCGCCCAACUUGAUGAUCAAGGCCUGGAUGCCUCAGAACGACAUCCUUGCGCACCCUAACGUUAAGCUGUUCAUCACGCACGGAGGACUUCUUGGCAUGACGGAGGCUCUGUACCACGGAAAACCCUUAGUCGGAAUUCCGAUCUUCGGUGAUCAACCGAUGAACGUCCAAAAGGCAGUUCGAUCCGGAUACGGUGUACUGUUAGACUACGAUAACAUCAAUGAGCAAACAGUCGAAACAGCGCUCAGAACGGUUCUGAACGAUCCAUCGUACACUAGGAAUGUCAAGGAAGUGUCCGACCGAUUCCGUGAUAAACCCAUGACUCCGAAGGAGACGGCCGUUUUCUGGACCGAAUACGUGAUUCGGCAUCGAGGAGCUCCCCAUCUGCGCUCGCCAGCGUUGGAUUUGUCGCUGUUCCAGUAUGAACUGUUGGACGUUUAUGCAGUGAUGCUAGUUUUGUUGAUAGGGGUCAUUGCGGUGGAUAUUUAUAUUGCAAAGAAAAUUUUGCGAAAGGUGUGCCGCAAAAUGUGUUCAGGCGGUCAGAAGAAGAAAAAGCAGCAUUAGAUUGUUAUAUUUCAUAGAUGAGACCAUUUUAUGAGUUCAAAUGGCUUCAAUAUCUUAAUUACUUGUCCUGUACACCCACCGCGUCUAUGUACACUGUACUCAGUCUAUUGACUAUUGUAAAAGAUUGCGUUUAUAAAAAUACUUUUUCAAAUAAAGUUCAAAAUCUCAA